UCGGCCUCCCAAAGCGCUGGGAUUACAGGUGAGAGCCACCGUACCUGGCAUGUUCUAACCUUUCUUUAUACAUUCAGGACACAUGUUAACACAAUCAACCCUUACACCUACCUUGUGAGGUAGGUGCUACUAUGAGCCCCAUUCACACACACGGAAACCAAGGCACGAGGUGGUGAGCAUGGCUCCGGAUUCUACACCCUUACCUGCUGCACCACACAAUUCCUCAGGCUGAGGAUGGGGCAGGUCAAGAAGUGGCCUGCGGGCCAGGUGUGGUGGCUCACGCCUGUGAUCCCAGGACUUUGGGAGGCCAAGGCAGGCUGAUCACUUGAGAUCAGGAGUUCAAGACCAGCCUGGCCAACAUGGCGAAACUCCAUCUCUACUAAAAAUAUGCAAACUAGAUGGGCGUGGUGGCGCACGCCUGUAAUCCCUGCUACUUGGGAGGCUGAGUCAGGAGAAUCGCUUGAACCCAGGAGGUGGAGGCUGCAGUGAGCAGGGAUCGUGCCACUGCACUCCAGCCUGGGUGAUGGAGUGAGACCCUGUCCCAAAUAAUAAUAAAAAUGUGAUGGCGAUGCCAGGCACGCCUGUAUGCAUGGCGGCAGCUGUUAUGAUUAUUAAUGGUGCCUUUGCGGUUGUUUCCGGCCUCUUCGUGAGGCUGUGCAGGCACAGUAUGUGAGUUUGGAUCUGGCUCUAGCUAAAACAUUCUUGCCCUCCCCCUAGUUCUGUGAGUCUGUAACUAUUUGUAGCUGUUGGCCCUUGUAUGGCUGGGAGACUGUGCGUGUGUGUGUGUGUGUUGGGGGGCGGGGGCUGCUUCUGAAACACACAGGCGCGCCCUCCGCUGCUGUCCCCUGCCUCUGGUGCUGAACCCGGAGGCUGGGGAGGAGGCUCGGGCUCCCUGCUCCUCCCGCCCUGCUCCCCAGGCCCCUCCCCGGGCCUCCCCCGCCUCCCGCGCGGCCUCCCCUCUGCCCGCCUCCGCCUCCUCCCCCUCUCUCCGGCUCCUCCCCCUCCCUCCUCCCUCGCUCCCUCGCCGACUCCCCCUCCCCCGUGUCCCUCCCCUCUUCUCUUCUCCUCCCUCUAUCCCCUCUCCCUCCCCUCCUCCGGGCUCUCCCUCUCAGUCUCCGGCUUUUCUCUCUCAAUCUCUCUCUCUCCUUCGGGCGGAGUCGCCCACCACUGCCAGCCGAGCGCUGGGGGCACCUGCUACAGGCUGUAGCUGCAGGACCCCACCACCCCCCAUGGCUCCCCUGGCCUUGGUGGGGGUCGCGCUCCUCCUGGCGGCUCCCCCAUGCUCCGGGGCAGCCACCCCAACCCCCUCCCUGCCACCUCCCCCGGCCAAUGACAGCGACACCAGCACAGGGGGCUGCCAGGGCUCCUACCGCUGCCAGCCGGGGGUGCUGCUGCCCGUGUGGGAGCCCGACGACCCAUCACUGGGUGACAAGGCGGCACGCGCAGUGGUCUACUUCGUGGCCAUGGUCUACAUGUUCCUGGGCGUGUCCAUCAUCGCCGACCGCUUCAUGGCGGCCAUUGAGGUCAUCACGUCGAAGGAGAAGGAGAUCACCAUCACCAAGGCCAACGGUGAGACCAGCGUGGGCACCGUUCGCAUCUGGAACGAGACGGUGUCCAACCUCACGCUCAUGGCCCUGGGCUCCUCCGCCCCCGAGAUCCUGCUGUCCGUCAUCGAGGUCUGCGGCCACAACUUCCAGGCCGGCGAGCUGGGCCCGGGCACCAUCGUGGGCAGCGCUGCCUUCAACAUGUUUGUGGUCAUCGCCGUCUGCAUCUACGUCAUCCCGGCCGGCGAGAGCCGCAAGAUCAAGCACCUGAGAGUCUUCUUCGUCACUGCCUCUUGGAGCAUCUUCGCCUACGUCUGGCUUUAUCUCAUCCUUGCUGUUUUCUCCCCGGGGGUAGUCCAGGUGUGGGAGGCGCUGCUGACCCUGGUCUUCUUCCCGGUGUGCGUGGUGUUCGCCUGGAUGGCCGACAAGCGGCUGCUCUUCUACAAGUACGUGUACAAGCGCUACCGCACCGACCCGCGCAGCGGCAUCAUCAUCGGCGCCGAGGGCGACCCCCCGAAGAGCAUCGAGCUGGACGGCACGUUCGUGGGCGCCGCCGAGGCCCCGGGGGGCGAGCUGGGCGGGCUGGGCGCGGGCCCCGCCGAGGCGCGCGAGCUGGACGCCAGCCGCCGCGAGGUCAUCCAGAUCCUCAAGGACCUGAAGCAGAAGCACCCGGACAAGGACCUGGAGCAGCUGGUGGGCAUCGCCAACUACUACGCGCUGCUGCACCAGCAGAAGAGCCGCGCCUUCUACCGCAUCCAGGCCACGCGGCUCAUGACCGGCGCGGGCAACGUGCUCCGCAGACACGCGGCCGACGCGUCGCGCAGGGCGGCCCCGGCCGAGGGCGCGGGCGAGGACGAGGACGACGGCGCCAGCCGCAUCUUCUUCGAGCCCAGCCUCUACCACUGCCUGGAGAACUGCGGCUCCGUGCUGCUGUCCGUCACGUGCCAGGGCGGCGAGGGCAACAGCACGUUCUACGUGGACUACCGCACCGAGGACGGCUCGGCCAAGGCGGGCUCCGACUAUGAGUACAGCGAGGGCACGCUGGUGUUCAAGCCAGGCGAGACGCAGAAGGAGCUGCGCAUCGGCAUCAUCGACGACGACAUCUUCGAGGAGGACGAGCAUUUCUUCGUGCGGCUGCUGAACCUGCGCGUGGGCGACGCGCAGGGCAUGUUCGAGCCCGACGGCGGCGGGCGGCCCAAAGGGCGGCUGGUGGCGCCCCUGCUGGCCACCGUCACCAUCCUGGACGACGACCACGCGGGCAUCUUCUCCUUCCAGGACCGCCUGCUGCACGUGAGCGAGUGCAUGGGCACCGUGGACGUGCGCGUCGUGCGCAGCUCGGGCGCGCGCGGCACCGUGCGCCUCCCUUACCGCACGGUGGACGGCACGGCGCGCGGCGGCGGGGUGCACUACGAGGACGCGUGCGGAGAGCUGGAGUUUGGCGACGACGAGACCAUGAAAACUCUUCAGGUGAAGAUAGUUGAUGACGAGGAAUAUGAGAAAAAGGAUAACUUCUUCAUUGAGCUGGGCCAGCCCCAGUGGCUUAAGCGAGGGAUUUCAGCUCUGCUACUCAAUCAAGGGGAUGGGGACAGGAAGCUAACAGCCGAGGAGGAGGAGGCUCGGAGGAUAGCAGAGAUGGGCAAGCCAGUUCUUGGGGAAAACUGCCGGCUAGAGGUCAUCAUCGAGGAGUCGUAUGAUUUUAAGAACACGGUGGAUAAACUCAUCAAGAAAACGAACUUGGCCUUGGUAAUUGGGACCCAUUCAUGGAGGGAGCAGUUUUUAGAGGCAAUUACGGUGAGCGCAGGGGACGAGGAGGAGGAGGAGGACGGGUCCCGGGAGGAGCGGCUGCCGUCCUGCUUUGACUACGUGAUGCACUUCCUGACGGUGUUCUGGAAGGUGCUCUUCGCCUGCGUGCCCCCCACCGAGUACUGCCACGGCUGGGCCUGCUUUGGCGUCUCCAUCCUGGUCAUCGGCCUGCUCACCGCCCUCAUUGGGGACCUCGCUUCCCACUUCGGCUGCACCGUUGGCCUCAAGGACUCUGUCAACGCUGUUGUCUUCGUGGCCCUGGGCACCUCCAUCCCUGACACGUUCGCCAGCAAGGUGGCGGCGCUGCAGGACCAGUGCGCCGACGCGUCCAUCGGCAACGUGACCGGCUCCAACGCGGUGAACGUGUUCCUGGGCCUGGGCGUCGCCUGGUCGGUGGCCGCCGUGUACUGGGCGGUGCAGGGCCGCCCCUUCGAGGUGCGCACCGGCACGCUGGCCUUCUCCGUCACGCUCUUCACCGUCUUCGCCUUCGUGGGCAUCGCCGUGCUGCUGUACCGGCGCCGGCCGCACAUCGGCGGCGAGCUGGGCGGCCCGCGCGGACCCAAGCUCGCCACCACCGCGCUCUUCCUGGGCCUGUGGCUCCUGUACAUCCUCUUUGCCAGCCUGGAGGCGUAUUGCCACAUCCGAGGCUUCUAGGGCCUUGCCCAAGACUCGGCCCCACCGCCCGCCCGGGGCUGGGGGGCUCCGCCGAACCGGCUCUUGGACCCUGGUCUCCUUUUCCCUCCAGACUCAUCCUCCCCUCCUGGGACUCGGCCUCCCUCCCCACCCAGCUCCGGGCUUUGAUCGUCCCUGUCCUCUGUCCCCAGUAGCUCAGCCUUCCCUCUCGGGAGCCUCCCCAGUUCCUCCCCUGCGGUGACCCCAAUCUAGCCCAUCCUGUCGGUGACCAUCUACACCCCUGGGAGAAUUUCCACCCCAGCCCCCUCCCCAGGAAGCCACCCCCAGUGACCAUCCUGAGGCUUUUUUUGCGGGGGGGGUGGGGGGGAGACGGAGUUUCACUCUUGCCCGGGCUGGGUGCAGUGGCAUAUCUGGGCUCACCGCAACCUCCGCCUUCCGGCUUCAAGUGAUUCUCCUGCCUCAACCUUCCGAGUAGCUGGGAUUACAGGCAUGCGCCACCACGCCCGGCUAAUUUUGUAUUUUUAGUAGAAAUGGGGUUUCUCCAUUUUGAGGCUGGUCUCGAACUCCCGACCUCAGGUGAUCCACCUGCCUCAGCCUCCCAAAGUGCUGGGAUUACAGGCGUGAGCCACCACACCCGGCCCAUCCUGGGGAUUUUAACGUCUCUCUCCCUGGUCACUCAGACUUUGGCUCUGCCCCCAAAGUCUCCCUUCCCCUAGUGCCCCCGACCCAACCUCACCCCAUGCCCCAGAGCCUCAGAACCUACCCCCACUGGGGAAACCUUCGAAGGAGGCUCUCACAGACCGUCUCAGAUCCCAGCCCUUCCCCACAGCCCUCAGGGAGCUCCGCUCAGCCCCGGUAGGGAGGAGCCGGUGGGUGUGCCUGCCGCACACCUUCCAAUCCCUCUACUCGGGUUCUCGGGAGGACACUCAUUCUCCAGGCUCGGAGACGGGAGGGGAGAAGUUUGGGGUUUCAGUCCCAGGGCUUAGCUGGAGGAGGCACAUUUUGAACCUGCAACUUCAGACAUUCCAGCGCCCCCACUCGCCCUCCACUACCUCUGAGAGCCCAGCCACGCCUUGGAGGGAGGGGCCUGUGUGUGUACAUAGUGUGUUUGGGGGAGGGGGGGACGCGGGAGGGUGCAUGUCUUGGGAAAAGGGGGUGACAGACUUAACUUUUGAGAGGGCAGCAAACUCCCUCAGCCAUGAGAACCGGCUUUGGGGAGGAGGCCGGGAAUCAAAGGGAGUCAGCUGAUCUCCCCUGACAAUCUGGAAGGUUCAUUUUGCCCUCAGUGCCAGCAAAUCCGGGCAGGACCCUCGAAGAGGAGACCGAGGGUCCCAGAGGACCAAUGCUACAAGCCAGCAAAUGCUGCCACAUCUCUGCCUGAUGGGGGUGGGGGUGGGUGGGGGGAUGGGAUUGGGCCAAGGGAUCUGGGUGGGCAUUUUUAACUUUGGAGGCCAUCCAUCUUUGGUAGGCCAUCUGCAUUUUCUUACUGUUGAUGUUUCCUGCCCAAAGGACACAUAUGGGCAGUGCCACCCACUCCUUGGGCCCCUAGGACGACCCAGCUACCCCCAUAACUUUCUGCUUCCCACAGGUUUUCAGCAUUCUAUCGUCCUGUUGUUCUCAGCCCCAACCUCCCAGACCCGUUACCCACUCUCCCCCUCCCCCCAGCUCAUCAGCAUCAGUCGCUGUCUCUUUUCUGUGAUUUCUGUAAAAGUUGCCAUAAAACUUUGAAAUUCUGCCUGAAAAAGUCCCGUGGGAAGCUGGGAUUCAGGAGGAGGGGGCUAAUAAGGUGUCUGACUGAGAUGUGGACAACUUUACCACAUCUGUUAAAGCAGGUAGUCCGGGAUUUUGCGGCCCGUGGGUCGUCUGCGGGACGCACCCAUAUCCAGCACCUGCGCUCCAGUCCCGCCGCCAAGCUCUUCCACGCACCACGCCACCAUUAGUCAAGAACUUUCUCUAGCCACGACCCCAUCCGUCAGCCUAGCUCCUCCACUAGCCACACCCCUAUCAUCAGUCACGGGCUUCCACUAGCCACUACCCCAUCCGUCAGCCUAGCUCCUCCACUAGCCACACCCCUAUCAUCAGUCACGGGCUUCCACUAGCCACGCCCCCACUCAGCCAAUCUCCUCCACUUUCCAGGCCCCCAUACGUUAAUUACGGGUUACCACUAGCCACGCCCCCAUCCAUCAGCCCAGCUCUUUCGCUAGUCACAUCCCCACUCAUCAGUCGCGCUUCAGCCACGCCUUCCUGCUUCAAUCACGGGCUUCCACUAGCCACGCCCACGUGCAUCAGCCAGACUGUUCUGUUCCACUUUAUGAGGCGUCCUGAGAACACAAAAGAGAAAGAUGCUCAAUUGCCUGAGCCAAAGAGCUGGGAUUGAUGGGAUUUCCUAAAUAAAGCAACUAAUUUUCUCAGAUCCUA